AUGUCCUCUGUAGCGGUAUCCCUCGAGCCAAGAAUCAGGCCUCACGUUCUGACCAUCGCCGGGAGUGAUUCUGGAGGAGGCGCAGGAGUCCAGGCUGACCUCAAAACUAUCGAAUCAUUUGGAUGCUAUGGUUCAUCUGUAUUCACUGGGCUCACCGCCCAAAACACAUUGGGUGUCCAGGGCGUCCAUGUCGUCCCUACGGAGUUUGUCCUCCAACAGCUCAGCUCGAUCAUCUCUGACGCGCCCCCCGUAGCCGUCAAGCUAGGCAUGCUCUCCUCUGCGGCCACCAUCUCUGCUCUUGCCAAAGAGAUUGCCAAGCUCGACGCUACCAUCGUCCUCGACCCCGUCAUGAUCUCGACCAGCGGCCACACUCUUCUCCCAGACGACGCCAUUGAGGCUCUGUACGAGCUCUAUCCCCACGUACAUUACCUUACCCCCAACAUCCCGGAAGCCAUCAAGCUGUCAAAGUGGGAGGGCGAGGCAAAGACGGUGGAUAGUCUGGUGGAGCUUGCAAAGAAGACGAAUGAGAGGACCGGCUCUGCAGCUGUCCUGCUCAAGGGUGGUCAUGCUGUCGCUUCAAGAGAAGAACUGCUCCCUUACGUCGGCAAGUAUAAGAUCAUCUGGGAGGAAGGGGAUGACCAAGACGAUACCGUCGAGAUUUUCUCCGAGUACAUUCGGUCCCUCGAUCAGAACAUCAAGCAGCAGAAGGACCUUGUCGUCGAUAUCCUCGUCAACAAAGGGGACGUUGUUGCGUUCUUUGUAGGCAAAAAAGUUGACAGCACCAGUACACACGGCACUGGUUGUACCCUCAGCAGUGCCAUCGCUUGCGCCCACGCAACUCUGCCGCAGGAUACUCCCGAUGCCCAAAUCGCCAUCUUCAAGCGUGCCAUCGCAUACACCCAAUCUGCCAUUGCCACCGCCUUCCCCUUUGGCCACGGGCACGGUCCUCUGAACCAUGGCCAUCUCACCUUCAGCCGUGCUCUUCCCCCUCCAACGAAGCACAACCCCCACCCCUUCCUCACCCACUUGGUACAGUCAGACUUGCCUCUCUGGAAAUCAUAUGUCCGCCAUCCGUUUGUCGUCCAACUGGGCAAGGGAACCCUGCCCAGAGAGUGCUUCGAGCACUACAUCAAGCAGGACUAUCUAUACUUGAAACACUAUGCUAGAGCGCACGCGCUUGGAGCUUACAAGGCCGACAAUUUCGCAGACAUCGAAGCAUUCACCAACAUUGCGCUCCACAUCUCCGCAGAAUCGACCAUGCACGUUGCUUACUGCGAGAAAUUCGGCAUCUCCCUGUCCGAUCUCCAAGCUACCCCCGAAUCAGCCCCCACCUCCGCAUACGCCCGUUACAUCAUGGACAUUGGCUCCCAGGGGGACAUUCUCGAACUUUACAUGGCUGUCGCGAGCUGUCUGGUAGGCUAUGGCGAGGUGGGGUUGUGGUUGAAGAAGCAAGUUGAGAUAGGGGAGGCCAAGGUGGAAGGGAACUUGUAUGGAAAGUGGAUUGAGGAUUAUAGCGGGGAUGACUUUUUGGGCGCGGUCAAUAGGGGAAUAGAAAACCUCGAACGACGAGUGGCCCUCGACCCACCCAGUCCUUACAAACUCGCCAAGCUCACCAAGAUCUUCCAAGAGUGUCUGCGGCUGGAAAGGAACUUUUGGGAUAUGGGGUUGAACCUGCUAUAA